UAUUUUAAAUUAAUCAUGUUAAAAUAUUCAAUUAUAUUCAUUCAUAUCACAUUUUUUUUUUUUUUUUAUAAUCUGUUUCCUUUUAAAUCACGCCUAUAGUAUUAGUUAUAUUACCAGGGUUGAAAUUAACUUAAUUUCUUUCAGUUAAUUUUAUAUUCGCCAAUAUUGUAUAUCUAAUAUUUAUAAUAUGACUAAUAGCAGAAUUAAUGAAAAAUGGGCUUAAGCAUAAAGAUGGUGUAUUCAACUACUUUUAUGUAAUGCAAUUUGAAACUGUAGAAGACCUCCAAAGAGUUAAAGACACUUUAAUUACAGAUCAAUCUAAAGUAAUAGAAAUCAAAGACAUCCCAAAUAGCUUUAGAAAGGAUUCAGUUAAAGUAAAACAAAAUGAAGAUCAAGAUAAAAUUGACUCAUAUUUACGUAGAUAUUAUGACCAUUUGAAGACAAAACAAUAUUUUUAUUUAGAUACAAUUCCAAUGACUCCUAAAGAAUUUUGUGAAAACCUCGGUGAGUGA